AUGGCUCUCGAAAACCUCGUGCUUCCAAUUUUUGCUGGUCUUACAUGGCUAAUUGCUCAGACAGCACACCAGGAACUAAAAUGGCCAUUCAUUGAUGAGAUCUUCCAUCUUAGACAGUGUGCUACCUACUGCGCUCAUCAGUUCUCCAAAUGGGAUAACAAGAUAACCACACCUCCAGGGUUGUACUUGUUAGGAACAUGGUACCAUCACUUCUUAAGCGCAAUAGGUAUCCAGGACUCUUGUGGUGCCACUGCGCUCCGAUCAUUGAACUUAUUGGGUGGAGUUGUGGCUUUACCUCUAGCACUAUCAUUGGUACCAACCAACAAUUUCUGGAAAGUUAAUGUGAUUUCAUUGCCUUUGUUAUACACAUAUUACUUCCUCUUCUAUACAGAUGUGUGGUCUACUAUAUUGGUGGUGCUCCCGCUCCUUACUGUCCUCAAGCAUCGUUCCUUGAAGGGUGCGGUGUAUGCUAACUUGGCUGGCUUUGCUAGUCUAUGGCUUAGGCAGACUAAUAUCGUAUGGAUUCUGUUUGUUGGUGUUGUGCUUAUAGAUAAAAGAAAGCAAAAGGCUACGUCUUUCUACCAGCAAAUCCACAAUUUCGUCGUGCAAUGUUUCCGUGAUUGGGUAAUUCUCAUCCCAUUUGCAGUGAAUGCCUUUCUAUUCGUUGCCUUCGUUUACGUCAAUGGAGGCAUUACUUUUGGCGACAAAGAGAAUCACCAGAUCACCCUUCACCUUGUCCAAGUCUUCUAUUGUGCUGCAUUCAUCACCUUCUUCACUUUACCGGUAUGGUUAUCAGUUAAGACUUUGAAGAAAUACGUUCAGUUUACUGUCACUGGUAGAAAAGGAUUGAAUCUAUUACUAACUAUCGCAUCGUUUGUGGCAAUCAACCACAUCAUUAAACAUUACACUGUUCAAGCCUUGGGCAAACCUUGUGACUGUUCCGGCUUACCACUUUUCGUCAUGGGUCAUAAUACACUCACUCCAGGAACUGUAUCAUUCAUCCAUGCUAUCCUUGCACCCGCUCAGUAUCAUUGCAUUGGUUUUGUCGGCCACUGCUACCUUGAUACCUUCUCCAUUAUUCGAGCCAAGGUACUAUAUUGUACCUUUGGUCAUCCUGAGGAUAUUUAUGGUUCCUCAGAAUGA